AUGGUGGAUGAUCAAGCUAAAAUGAUGAAACAGUGGAAACGACUUGCCAGAAGAAACCAAAAUUCUACUACUUCAAUCUCCCUGGAGAAAAUUGGAAGUAAGAGACAUGCUGAACCUAUGGACUGUGAUCCACAAAUGAAGCAAUACCGCAACUUCAAACAAAUAGGUUGUGGAGACUUUCCUAGAAAAGUCGCAAGGGAGAUGUUAAAUGAUAGUAACAGUACAAGGCUGUGCAACUCUUUGGAUUACAUGAACUAUACUUUUGUGACGGAUAAUGGUGGAAGUGGUGGUAUGGAACUUCUUUGGAAAGACAAUUGGAAGCUCAUCUUAGCAUACCAAGUUGGGAUUUUCUUUGCAUUUAUGGCCCUCCUGUACAUCCUCAAAGAAAUAGCUUCUGGAGAAUCACCACCAAUUUUUGAGAAACUAGAUAGAGCUCUCUGUAAUACAUCAUGGAGACUUCUCUUCCCAGAUGAAGCAGUGUUACACCUCCCCAGGAUUGGGAGUGAUCAUGCUCCAAUCAUUCUCAACACAAUGAGGAAACCACCAAAAAGAAAUCCAAAUCACAAGUUUGAAUUCUAUUGGACUGAUCAUACAGAUUUCAAAGACAUAUUAAAAAGCAGCUGGGACAAUUCAACAGGAGAUACAACAACUAAACUACAAGAUGUAGGUGAAAAGCUGAAGAAGUGGAGUAAGGACACUUUUGGUGACACAAGGAGAGAGAUAGAAAAUGAAAAACAAAAAAUUGUUGACUUGCAGGUUACAACACAUCUGACUGACACAACAGAGGAGGAGAAAUCCAUAUGCAACAGAAUUGCUUGCCUUGAGAAGAGGGAUGUGAUGCUUUUAAGUGCAAUUCCAAGUGCAAAAGAAAUUUUUGGUGUUGUUAAAAAGAUGGGCUCUCUAAUGUCACCUGGACCAUAUGGAUACCCUGUUCUAUUUUACAGGAAGCUCUGGGAGAUUAUUGGUGCAGAAGUUGUACAACUAAUACAAGAUGUCUUCAGAUUCUCUUAUCUAUCUUCAGAUAAAGCUCAUACUCUUAUAAUGAACUAUGUCAAGACUGCAUCAUUCUUUAUAUUGUUAAAUGGUCAACCAAAAGGCUUCUUCGUGAGUGAAAGAGGAAUCAAACAAGGCAAGAGUGUGCCAGAAUCCUAUGAAGAAGAAAUCAUAACAAAUCUAGGAGUCAGCAUAAUGAGAAAGGAAGAAAAAUACUUGGGGGUGAAGAUUCUUCAACAAGGUCUAAGGGUUUCUAAUUUUAAUUUUCUCAUUGAGAAAUUUGAAGAAAAGCUGAAAGAGUGGAAAAGAAAUUCAUUGUCACAUGCAGGAAGGGCAAUUCUUAUUCAAUCAGUGUUAGCUCUCAUCCCAGUAUACUUCAUGGCCACUUCUCUUAUACCCAAAACAGAUUUAAACAAGCUCACUCAAAUUAUUAGAGAUUUUUGGCGGGGCCAUAGCAGGGACAAAAGGAAAAUGCACUUCCUUAAAUGGGAGUGGUUCAAUCUACCUAAGGAGAAAGGAGGACCAGAGCUAAGAUCUCUGAGUGACUUGAAUCAAGAUUUAGUAACAAAGCUUGCAUGGAGAUUUCUUAAGGACCAAGAAAUCUUAUGGGAAAAAAUACUACUUGCAAAAUACCUAAGAGAUAAGAACUUCUAG